GGGCAUCAGGACAGGGUGUUAGAGGAGGCAUUGUUCGGAGGUGUAUUUAAGGAGAUGCUUUCUGCAGCUCCAUCAGGCUUCCUCCGUCUCACUGAAGAAGGUGCAGAGCUUUUCUCCUUAACACAUCUUCCUUCACUGCUGGAGAAAUGAAGUGUGUGAUCUUGUUGGCUGCAGUCUUUCUGCUGGUGAUCACUGUGGUCAUUGAUGGAUUCCAGUUUGGCGAUAUGCUUUAUUAUCCGCCAAAACCACACCCGAUGAUAAAAACGUUUCAGUACAGACAUCUUGCUAUUUAUCUGGGUAACGACUUUCCGGGUCAUAAAGGCAAGGAGGUCAUUUUUGAACGCCUGAAUGAAAAUCCUGCAUGUGUUUUCAAAGAACUCGACAUGUCUGAGCGCCCUGUGGUGUGCAAUUACCUUGAUGGAUACGUAGACGAGAGAAAAGUGGUUUACCAGGGAGGAAGUGUGGAAGAUAUGAAAGGACGCAUCGAAGAGUUACAGAAGAAUUGUGGAAAAUAUAAUGUUCUGACUAACAACUGUGAACAUCUUGCUACCUAUGUACGUUAUGGAAGGAAGAUAUCAUUGCAGGAGGGUCUGAGCGGUGAAGGCCUCAGCAUUAGCGGACAUCACGUGACCAGACUACACGCGUUAAAGUUUAUAAAACAACAGAAAGCAGAUAAGAAGUUGAACUGUGAGAUUCCACUUUGAGACAGGAAGAGAAAUUCUUCAUCAACCGUUCCUCUCAUGCUGUGUUGCUCACUUCUGGUUAAUUUCCUUACGUGAUGCUGUGAUAAUUUGAAAUUAAAAACCAUGAGUACCUGC